GCUAGCCUCGCACGGGGCGAAAAUCGCCCGGUUUACUCCAGCAGUCGACCGUGCGCAUCUCUGACAGAGAGGGUCCCUACCCCAGCCUCCCCACCCCCGUACCUCCACGAGGAAGUGGGCUGGGCGAGGAGGGAGAGGGGCAGGUCAGCGCCGCUCACUUGUUGGAGUCCACGUGGCGCUUCACCCCACUGCUGCCAACUAGUGCGGAGCUGGGUGCCUUGCUGCUGCACCAGCGCCGCCAACACGGAACGCAGAACCAACUGCUGUGGAGACGGAGUCGAGCACAGCCCGAGGGACCACAGCUGGUGCCACAGCACAACGCGCGACAGUGGGAUUUAGUGCAGCAAGUACGUGUAGACGACUACGGGACGAUCAGGGAGAACACUCCCUGCUGUUGGUGGCGAUGUGCUCGAAGGCAGGGCCUUCGACGUCUAGAGGACCACUGGAGGACGAGCCCAUUGGCGAUGUUGACGUUGGCGACGAGGUCGUGGAGGACACAAGUGUCCCGGGAAUUCAGGACCUGCCAACUGAAGUUCUGCUGAAGAUCUUCAGCAACCUGACCGAUGGAUUCACUCUUCUCAAAACCAUCCCCUCCGUUUGCCGGCGGUGGAAGGAGGUGGCGUCUGACCCCGCCGCGUGGCACGGCGUGUCCAUUUCCGUAGAAGCCAACAGGUGGCAACCGUGCAUUCAGACAGUCGUCCUCGAACGCGCUCCAGCUGUUGAAAAUUUGAAUAUCAGUCUUUUCCUCCGACCUCUUGUCCUACGAGACCCCCCCGACUACCGUUUCAUCCAAGCGUUAGGGCGACUUCUUGUGCACCGGGGACUCUUGAUAGACGUCGAACCACCAAGAUGCAUACGCAAGGCGUACCUCGAGUUGGUGUGGCGUAGCCGACACCACCUCAAACGACUGACCCUAGCCUUAGACAGUACGACAAAGACGGACUUGGGUCAUAGCUGUGUGCAUGUGCUCUCGCUACUUCCCUGUCUGCAGGAGUUGAUACUCUACGUCGAAUCUGACUUCGUGUACGAAGGGGGUCAACUGCAAAACGCUCUUCCCAAUCUGAAAUCAAUCAAGGUGAUCGAGAAAAGGACAGGUUCCAGGCAGCAUGAUCUGAUCAAAGACCUUUUGGUGGUUGGCCUUGUCCGUGCCAAAUUUCGCCCCUGCUUCCCGCCGAGACCAGAUCUGCUCCCAGCACUAGAAAACUGCAAGAACCUGACGCACUUGGUUGCACACUGGGACUUUGCCCCUGUCUUUAGGAGUCUGCCAGCCCUCAAGUGCGUUCACGUUCAGUUCCUGUGUGACAGUCCACGCCGGAUCAAAGAAAUUAAGCGGGUAUUCGUCUCUGCGUACACGCCAACGUUAGAUAACUUGUACGUAACAAUUGUGUGUAAAAACUGUGAGGGAUGGCAGAGCGCCGUAUCAAAGGCGUGCCACAAGGGAAUUGAGGCCGUGGAAAAAUUCAGAUUCCAGGGCACGGCACGGUAUUGUACCUACACUGGUAAAACAAAGGCAUUAAAAUUACGCCCUUUAGGGCAUGAAUACACUUUGCGCCCUUCCCAAGGUGUAAUUUGGUAA